AUGGCCUCGUCCAAGAUCUUCUCCCUUGAGGGCAAGGGGCUCAAGCUCGACACCGCCCAGGACAUCGAGCCUCACAUUGCUGCGCUGGUCGCGCUCGAGGACGUCGAGGAGGUCCGCUUCCUGGGGAACACGCUGGGUGUUGGUGCGUGCGAGCGCCUUGGUGAGGUCCUGGCCACCAAGAAGAGCCUCAAGUCUGCAAACUUCGCCGAUCUCUUCACCGGCCGAUUGCUCAACGAGAUUCCCGCCGGCAUCUCUGCCAUUCUCACCGCUAUCCUGAACCAUCCCCACCUCACCACCGUCAACCUCAACGACAACGCCUUCGGUCUCAACACCCAGGCCCCGCUCGUGGCUUUCCUCUCCGCCCACGUGCCCCUGCAGCACCUCUACCUGAACAACAACGGCCUCGGCCCUCACGCCGGUAUCCUUGUCGCCGAUGCGCUCUCAGAACUUCACGCCAAGAAGGAGGCGGCUCGCAAGGAGGGCAAGCAGGUGCCCGACCUCGAGACUGUCAUCUGUGGCCGAAAUCGACUCGAAAGCGGCAGCAUGGCGGCCUGGGCCAAGGCCUAUAGCCUUCACAACAAGAUCCAGGAGAUUAAGAUGGUGCAAAACGGAAUUCGGCAGGAGGGUAUCUCCCGUCUGCUCAGCGAAGGUCUCAACACCGCCAGCCAGCUCCGAAUUCUGGACCUGCAGGACAACACUUUCACCAUCAUGGGAGCCGAGGCACUCGCCAAGGUCGUUGCGAACUGGGAGGAUAUCCAAGAGCUUGGAGUUGGUGACUCUCUGCUGAGUGACAAGGGCGCUCGGUUGCUUGCUAAGUCCCUGUUAACGGGCAAGAACAAGAAGCUAGAGACUCUGCGUCUGCAGUACAACGAGAUCAAGGCUGAUGGUGUCAGGGCUUUGGCCAACGCCGCCAAGGCUGCACUCCCAGCGCUGAAACGAAUCGAGCUCAACGGCAACAAGUUCACUGAAGACGAGGACGCCAUUACCAUAUUGCAGGAACUCCUUGAGGAGCGAAAGGAGCAAUAUGCCGGCGACAUUAUCAUUGAGGAUGAGUGGGGUGUUGACAGCCUGAGCGACCUGGAGGAGGAAAGUGAGGAGGAGGAGGAAAGCGAGGAGGAGGAGGAGGAGGAGGAGGAGGAGGAGGAAGUCAAGGAGAAGGCCGAGAAGUUCAUCAAGGACGCCGAAGCAGCCCAGAAGCAGCCCAUAGCCCAGCGCCAGGACGAGGAUGUGGACGACCUGGCAAAGAAGUUGGAAGGCACUCAGCUCUAA